AGGAGGAGGAGCAGGAAGAGGAGGAGCAGGAGGAAGAGGAAGAAUAGAGGAAGUGGGGGAGCAGGAAAAGGAGGAAGAGGAAGAGGAGGAACAACCAUCACAGUUCCUCCCACCCUGGAAGCAUCACCCCACCUGCAUUCCACAGAUGACUGGGGAGGGGGAGCUCGCCCCAGAUAUCUUGGGGGGUCCAUGUUGGGUUUUUGGGGGGAGGGGAUGUUUGCAGCUUAAAGACUUCAGAAUGAACUGCAAAUGCCCCUUGGGGAGAUACUGGGGGGUCCCCAGCAGGUAGGGUUUUUUGGUGGGAGUCCCAGCAGGUGCCAGCAGGCAGGAGCCAUGUGUCCCAUCUCAGGGGGGGUCCACUAGUUUUGGGGACCUCCAGCAGACCCAGGUGGGGAACCCCGGGACCCCCAGAGUGGGGAGAGUGGAGAGGGGUGAUACUGGAGCUGGGUGAGCCCCAGCAGCCUGGGGAGGGGGGGAGCACAGAGACAGGAGAACGCUGGGACAUGUGGCAUCCAGGAGAGGAGAAACUCUGGAGGAGGGGACCUCUGGGAUACUGAAACUGGAGCCUGGAGAGAGGACCCCCAGCAGCCUAGAGAGGGAUUUCUGAUUCCCAAACCUUGGCUGGAUGGAGGAGGAGGCUGUGAGGAAGAUGCCCCAGGACACCCAGGCAGGCCCCGAGCUGAGGACGGAAAGCACGGAGGACAAAUCCCCCCGGCAGAGCCUGGUGGGAGAGGCUGUUUUGAACGGCUCCACGGCACAGGAAGUCACUGGGGAGGAAAAGCCACAGAGAUACCCAACAAGGAGGGGCUCCAAAACCAGCCCAGGGUGCUCCCAGGAGGAAACACCCAGCCUGUGCCAGGAAGGCGGCUGGAGCUUGAGCCAGAGCUCCGACCUAGUGGUCCCUGAGCAGCCUCCCAGCAGGGAGAAACCCUUCAGGUGCUUGGAAUGUGGGAAGAAUUUCAGUCACAAUUGCAACCUGAUCCGCCACCAGAUGAUCCACAGGGGAAAACGGCCCUACAAGUGCUUGGAAUGUGGGAAGAGCGUCAGCCACAGUUCCAGCCUGAUCCGCCACCAGAUGAUCCACACGGGGGAACGGCCCUACAAGUGCUUGGAAUGUGGGAAGAGCUUCAGAGACAGCUCCACCCUGCUCCGCCAUCAGCAGAUCCACACCAGGGAGAAGCCUUACAAAUCCUUGAAAUGCAGGAAGAGCUUCAGCCACAGCUGGUGACCCACUGGAGUGCUGAGGCCUGAACAACAGACCCUGAGCCAAGGUUGACCUUUAGAUGAACCUUUCAACCUAACGUUGUAUUAAGUCAUGUAUCCGCUUAUCAGCAAAAUCUGUGUAUGCUUGUUAGUAAAAUAGGUACUGUGAUAAGACUACACCUGUGUAAAUAUGUGUGCUUAUUAGUAAGAUAUAUUUUUGUUCUCUCAUUAGUGAAUAACAUUUGUAUCUGUUCAUUAAUGAAAUAUGUAUGAUUGUCAGCAAAAUAUGAGUAUAUUUAUCUUUCUGUAUUUAGAGACUAGUCAAGGCCAUGGAAGUAGAUCUCUGGCCUUGUUUGGCAGCAGAUGGUGCAGGAUGACUCCCUUGGUUUUCCCCUUAAGCCCUGACCAGGCUUUGGGUGAAACCCAAGGAGAGAAGGAAGCCAGAUGUUUUCCACACUAGUGGUUAUGUAAGUUUGUUUGUUCAACAGUAUAAAAGCUGGACCCUCUCACAGCAAAGAUGAAGACCUCCCCUAUGAUUGGAUGGCCUGCAUAGGACUUCCCAGAUCCCGAGAGGGGUUCUCUGACCCUUUGCUGUGACCGGGGUUCCCCCGGUGACGUGCAGGUCUGUAUGCUGGUAAUGUAUCAGGGUAACUGGUGAUUUCUUAGUGACUGUAGGCAGUCUUUGUAGUAACAAUGAGAUGCAUUACUUGAGCUUAUCUUUUUGCAAUUCUUUGCUGUUUUGCAUUAAAGUAACAUUGCGCACUUGUUCCUUAA